ACAGAAAUGCGCCAUGCAGUCUAAGCGCACUGGUCUCAACUCUGGCUGGACAACUGUGGAGCUGCGACGCAAGUCCGAAUGCGACACAACUCGCGCUUGGAGACUGUCUGACUGGAACUAUCUGCUGAUCAGCUGCAGAGAAACUUUGGAUACAUGUUUUUUUGAAAUGUGCUUCCACUAGAGAGUAAAAUAACUGGGAUCGGGAAAAAAUUAAUGGGACAAGACAAAUCGCGAGAACUUGAAUCGCUCCAGUUGCGUGCACGGUUCAGUUUAGCCAACUUUGUGCAGGUGCCCAUCUGAUCUGCCUCAGUUUGUGCGGGCGCAGCAGCAACAGAGGAGUAGGCUAGAUGUGGCAGGAGACUGAUAACUGAGCUGCAGCGAGCCGGGUGCGAGUUUCCCCUGUCCCUACCUCUCCAAUGUCCCCGGACAGGAUGAUGCUCAUUGGACUUCUGCUCAAUGUCUUCUCUCAUGGUACUGUGCCAGUAUCUGCAUCCUUAGACUGUCUGGUGGCAGAGCAAGGUUGCAUCCAGGAGCAGUCCUGCAUGGUGCUCUAUAGACUGCUGGAGUACUGUGCGGCUGAGGAGGCUGUGUCGCCCCUCGGCCCAGAUGCCCGCUUGGAGUGCCUGGAGGCCCAAAACGCCUUGCAGCAUUACCGCCCCCUUCAAGUUUGCAAGUGUCAGCGUGGCUCUCGCAGAGAGGAACACUGCCUCAGGGUCUAUUGGACUGUGAGAUUUGCAGCAUAUGAUGAGUAUGAAGUGUCUCCAUAUAAAGAACUGGAGUUAAAUCUGGUGAGAAACAUUGAGAUGUCACGUAUGGCCUCCAUCAUGGCAGCUUCCUCUCUUUCUGUGGACGGACAAAACCAAUGUCUCAAGGCAGCGCAGGACUGUGGCCUGUAUGAGAAAUGUGGCUCCCUGCGGUCAGAAUAUGUUGUAGCCUGCACCAAGCGUGCAGCAGUCUCUGACAACAGCUGUAACCGCCAGAAAUGCCACAAAGCCCUGCGGCGUUUCCUGGAGCGCGUGCCAGAGGAGUACAGCUUCGCUCUGCUCUUCUGUCCCUGCUCUGACACUCUGUGUGGGGAGCGCCGGAGGAAAACCAUCGUCCCGUCAUGUUCCUAUGAGGAGAAUGGGAAAGGGGAGGAAAGAGUGGGCAAGCCCAACUGCCUCAGCCUUCAGAACUACUGCUCCAAAGAUGAGCUAUGUAGAUCUCGGUUCGCUGAUUUCCAACACAACUGCCAGCCCUCCCCUCUGUCUGCCUCUGGCUGUAUGCGAGACAGCAGAGCCAUGUGCCUGAAGGCCUACGCUGGACUUAUAGGCACCAUCAUGACUCCAAACUAUGUGAGCAACAGCAGCACAGAAGUGUCCCAGUGGUGCGCAUGUGAUGGCAGUGGGAACGAAUGGCAGGGCUGUCAGCGCAUCCUGCACUUGUUCAACAACAAUAUAUGUCUGCGCAAUGCCAUCAGCUCCAUGGGAAUCUCCGCACCUCCUCCUGUGGAAAACACUCCCGUGCCAGCUUCUCAGCCCUCCCCACACGUCUUCCAGGAGAGGGUCCACGUCAGUGUUAACACUCUCCCUGAAUUCAACAGUUUGAGUUGGUGGAAGUCUUUUUCUGGACGGCAGACUCACACAUUAAAUAAUUUGAGGAUGGAGGACAGUGAGGAAGAGGAGCAGGCGGAGGAAGAAAGCGAGGAAUUCAACAUCAUCCCACCAUAUUCUGAGAAGGACUCUAACACUGAAUCGGGGGCUCGAGGAAGUAAACGCGGAGCAGCUAGCCGAGCAGUACCCGUGUUAACAUUACUGCUGCUGCCUACGCUCAUCCUGGACUGGGAGUGUUGGAGAUACUGAAGCCUCCAUCUCAUUCUUCGCUCAUAUUUUACACUCGCUACCACUUUCAAAUCUAUCACAGCACUCAGAAUGAGCCACAAAGGACAUUUCCAUGAAUGAAAUGCCCAAUUUCCUUCUUUUUUUUCAUUUUUAAAACUUAAGACUUUAAUGACUGUCUCCUCAAGAGUUAAAAGAUAUCAGUAGUCCCGCAGUAUCUGCCACGUCUUUGCUCUAGUCCUCUCCUAUGAAAUGUAGGGAACAACGUGAGCAGCUAUAUGAGUGCAUGGGUGAAUUUAGAAAAUGCUGUCUGGGCAAAUACUCUAUCUUGAGCGUGCUUCAAACUCAAAGUACAUCCCCUCUUUUAACAAGAAGCACAUCGCCCAAGGCCACAUCCACUAUACACACCAUAACCAGUCUACUCCACUGCAACCAGGCUGGAGCACGGCUUUUGAUUUCUAUUUCAUGACUCAUGUCACAUCCGUUUCUCUGUUGGCCCCUUUGGCUUUUCCUCUCCCUGCUUCAUAUGGUUGAGUAAGAUAAUCCACUUUACAACAAGCUAAUAAUAAACUGCCCCACACUUAAACUGCUUUGUACCAUUGAAGAAGGAAAAACUUUUAACAAUUGUUUAAAAAAGUGAUAAGAUAAACCAAAUGUGUUGUCACAUACAUUAUGAAUGAGAGAUCCUUUGCCUUCUUCUUAAUUGUGCGCCAAAAAUCAGAGUGCAACAGUCACUCUGCUCUGCUUCUUUUGUUAACACCCCACUUGGUAUUAUUCCUACCAGGGUGAGUGACUGAGAAUUCAACCAUAGGCAAAAGUAAUGAGAUCAAAUUCUAUUGUAGGAAUGAGAAAAGCAACAUGAGCAAUUACAGCACAAUUCAAAUUGCUCAGCAUGCAGAGAAAGUCUGGAGUAAGGCUCACGGGAGGAAAUAACCAAUUUACUGCUGUCAUACCCUCUCACUUUUUUCUUAUCCUCAGGAGGUGUGUUUUUAGUCCUCCAUGCCCAUCAUUUGCUGUAUAUGUUGUGAGAGUGAGAUGCGGAGAAAGGGAUGGACACAGGAUGUUGUAAAGCCUGCUGGCUGCGCCGAUCAUUGAGCAGCACAUUGAGCCAUUCUCUCUGCCUGAAAUAGCUUUUGCUGAUGUUAAUGAUUUUUUUCUCUUAUGGCUCAUUUUCUUGUGAAAUUACACAGCUGCAGGGGGGUAGGUAAAGAGAAGUAUAGUGAAGUUUAUGUAGAGGGAUAAACUUGUCUAAUUUGAGGAUGACUUUGCAAGAAACAACCUGUCUGAGUUCUGCAAGGAAAAUGUCUUAUAUUGUCUUAUGUUGUCUCUAAUAACAAACUACCAUCAAAUCAUUGUUGUUAUAUUGAAAAAAUGUUAUAUAUAAAAUGGAAAAUGUCCAAAGACAUAUCAAAAAAAUAAUUUUUGGGUGUUUGAAUAUCACUUGAGGAGGCAGUAUGAUGCCACCACCUUUUGCCCCCACUACUGGACUUGUUUACACAAUGAUUAAUUGACAUAAAGACUUUUAAAGAACAGACAUAAAGGCAGAACACGCACUGGAAGCCUAUAAGCCAUGCUUUUGCAAAUGCAGGUCCAUGACUACUUCAAACUUGGGUUUGGAUUUUUAGAAGUAAAAGUAGGACUGUAAGGUUAGUAGACCUGCAGUGGCUGUUACUCACCUCGGGGCAAAAUGACAUCAUGCUGUUUUUUUUGAGAGUUUGGCUACAGAAAGCCAAGAAGUUGAUGAGGAAAAGGCCAGUUAACAAAGCACUGAAGUGUGACUGCAAGCUUAGCAAGUACAAAAAAAUAACAUAAGUCUGGCUGGACAACCAGCUGGUAACCACAUGAACCAGACGCAUUGAUAGAUAAACAUGCUAAAUAAACAUAACCCGUCACAGUGCAGUGUCUGUGAUGCUGCUUAUUCAUAAAGCAUCAAAUGAACAGCAUCCAGUGUCAAUAAUUGCAUCCAGUGCGCUUUGGCCUUAAUGACUGAAUGUGAGUUUACAUGUAUUUUCACUCUCAGUAGGUUUGUUUAUAUUUGUAAACUAUGUAAAGUAAACAUUUGCAUUAAAUAUUGAUUGAUUCUUUUGAUGAUUUAAGGAGUUUUAAAGAAAAAAAAGCUUAUUCAUCCAUAAAUCAAAAGUCUUUAAGAAGAUAUGUGAAUAUUUCUGAAAUUAGACCGUUUUUAGAUUGUAUCUUGAAAAUUCAGUUGAGCGACUGUACAGUGCUAUGUUUUACAUGCUAACUUUCUUUUAAAGACAUAUCCAACAUGCCAAAUAAUUCUGACUGUAAUGUGUUAUAACUGUGUAAUGUUGUGACAUAGCGGAACAGUGUGCCGAUUUGGUAAAAGAAGAAUAAAAGUCACAUUGGAAAUUUCCACGUCUGACA